GGUUCAGCGGUCUCAAACACGCCCACAGUUUCCCGCAUGAGGGACUGAAGCUUCGUUGUUUAAUAUUGUUCCGAAGUAAACAUAGCUAUAUCUAUGUAUCUAUAUGCGACAGUGUGGGAUUUUACGGUGUAUGUCCAGUUUAUUCUCGUCUUUGAAACAAUGAAAUUGAUGUCAGACGACGGAACCGAUCCUUAAACGAAACUCUACUCUUGGAUAUUGAGCUCGUUGGCGUGUUAUGCUAGCUCGCUAACUGUGCUACUUGUGAACAAUGAAGACUUCUAACGGCAACACCAGCAUCAUGGACAUGUUUCAAAAGGGAAAAGUCCUGAAAAUAUGUGCCCCAAUGGUUCGAUAUUCAAAGCUUGCAUUUAGGUCCUUGGUGAGGAAAUACAACUGUGAUAUCUGCUUCACCCCAAUGAUAGUUGCUGCUGACUUCAUGCGAUCUGUCAAAGCCAGAGACAGUGAAUUCACUACCAAUGAGUGUGACCGGCCCCUGAUAGUGCAGUUCGCUUCCCAUGAUGCCCAGACUCUGGCUGAUGCAGCCUGUGUAGUAGCACCUUUCUCAGAUGGAGUUGACCUUAACUGUGGCUGUCCCCAAAGAUGGGCUAUGUCAGCAGGGUAUGGUGCAUGCCUCAUCAACAAGCCUGAACUUGUGAAAGACAUGGUCAGACAUGUCAGAAACCAAGUGGACAAUCCAAACUAUACAGCGUCUAUCAAAAUAAGAAUUCACAAGGACCUGAGGCAGACAGUGGAUCUGUGCCAGAAGGCUGAAUCAGCCGGUGUGUCGUGGAUAACAGUCCACGGCCGUACAUCAGAAGAACGCCACCAACCAGUCCAUUAUGAUGCCAUAAAGACAAUCAAAGACAGCGUAUCUGUCCCUGUCAUUGCCAAUGGAGACAUAAAGUACCUCCGUGAUGUGGAGUCCACUCACCAGCUUACUGGUGUUGAUGGUAGGUUUGUUUUCAUCAAACGUGAGAUGACGCUGCAAUGGACUGCUGUGGCCCUCUUUCUCUAUGUGGAGAUUGGCAUUCUUGUCAUCCUCUGUUUACCCUUCAUCUCAGCCAGGAGGUGGCAGAGUAUUUUCCAGCUGAGGAUCUGGAGCUGUGUGGCGAGGUUCUGGAACAAAGUGUUUCUCACAAUGAUCAUAAUACUUAUUGUUCUCUUCCUUGAUGCUGUGCGUGAGGUGAGGAAAUAUUCAGCUAAAGAUCUUGGCACAGAUGUCAAGCUGCAACCGAACAUGUUUGAUCACCUGCACAUGAAGCUUUUCAGAGCCCAGAGGAACCUCUACAUCUCUGGUUUCACUGUCUUCCUCUGGCUGGUUAUGAAGCGAGUGGUCACCUUGAUUAACCAACUGGCAUCAGUGUCUGGCACUACGGCUGCCCUUCAGGCGCAGGCUGACUGUGCUAACCAGGCUGCCAAGAAAUACAUGGAGGACAAUGAGAUGCUGAAACAGACUCUGAUGGAAGGGAGGGGUGAUAAGGCUACCGCAGAGGGCAUGGAGCUAUUGAGGAAAGAAGUGGAGAAACUGAAAGAAGGACUGAAGACCUCAAGAGAUGCCCUGACGAACUCCCAGUUAGAGGCAGAUGUAAUGAAGAAGCAGAUGGAGGGCCUCGCCAGGGAGUACGACAGACUGUUGAAAGAACAUCAGGAGCUCCAGAAUCUUCAAGACAGUGGAAACAAAAAGGAUGACUAGUUAUUGUAAAGUAUUUACACAGCAACUUAGCCCAAUCACGAGAGAGCUACUGCAACACAUGCUUUACCUUCAUAUAACACCUUGUGUCACAGCACAUAUCACAAAACUGAGAUUGGCUCCUCUGAGGUACAGACUUUGGCUGAUCUCAGUAAUGGUUUUAAAGCAUGGGGGCGAAUUUUUAUUAGGGCACCAGACUGGCUUAAAUGGAGUGAGUAAUAUGUGAUGGUUUCCUGUUUCUGCCUGCCACAGUGUGACUAAGAGGAUUUCUUUUUCAAGUGCACACUCUAUCAGGCAGAUUAAUUGUGCAAGGUAAUUGGAGAGAAUUCAGUCAGUAAUCGACCCAGGUCUGAUCACAGAGCGCUUAAUAUGUUAAAGAAAUAUGCAACAAGGAUGGGUGUUGUUUUACGGCCUGCAUCAUUUGUUUUAGCCAGGUGCACAGUGUAGAGCGCAAGAUUUGUCAUAAGCUAGAGCACUCUAUUACUGUGGUAAACAGCUAUGAAUGUAUUUUGCUACCAAGGGUUUGCUUCUUUAUUGCUGUAUGUAGCAGGGACACCUGCCGCACUCACGUUGAGCUUAACAACAAUAUGUAAAAUCAUUCUGUGCUUGCAUGACUGCAAAUAUAGUUUGCAUGUACAGUUACACUUAGACAAGUCUUCUUCACGUUUUUGUUGUAUUCCAGCUGAUGAUCUGUACUUUUUUAACCUAAGUAGUGGUGGUGAGUGAUAAUGGUUGGAGAAUUCAGCACUUCAUCCAGCACUUUUCUUUUGUUUUCCCUCUUUAAUUUGAACAUGUAAAUGUAGUUGAAAAUCUGACUAAAUUUAUCUGUGGUUAUAAAUAAAACUGAGUAUCUGUAGGGAUAGAAAAAUUGGAUUCAAAUAUUUAUGAUCUUACUUAAGGUUUAAAAUGAAAUAGAUUCAAUAUGGGUCAAAGGAAGGAGUUAAAAUUUGUCUUUUUUAUGUUUCUGAGCCACAGAAGGUCCAGAUUGUUGCAUAUUUGUUGCACUGUGUGUUUCAAGUGUUCAUUUUUGGUUUAGUGCAAGAGUUGUCCUGUAUGUGUCAUGAAAAGGGGCUGUGUGGUUUUUGUUAUAUUUCGUUAUCCAGACAGAGCCUUGUCAAUGUGAAAGGAGCUGAGACUGAUCACCAGCUGUCUCAUUGUUCCCCAAUUUUUUAUGAUAAGGUUUACCAGUUAACUUUUUAGUUCAUAAAAUUGCAAAAAUACGUUCAAGUUGUUCUGACGUUUCUGUUUAAGACAGAAAUCCGAUUGAAGUGCCUUUUAAGUGGAUGUAGUACAUUUUGUUUAAUAAAGAUACCUCUCUUUA